GUGCAAGUUUAAUAUUGUUUAAUUAUUGCUGCCAUUUGUUUGGUUUGUAUGUCCAGAACACUGUGUAUGAUGGAGAGUACCAUGCCAGACAUCCCAACAUCGUCACAUUCUGGGAGGCUUUUGAGGAACUGACAGACGACCAAAAGAAAGCUUUUCUCCUGUUCCUGACGGGCUGUGAUCGCGCUCCCAUCCUGGGCAUGGACAAGAUCCAGAUGAAGGUAGCAGUCCUGCAGAACUCUACUGAACUACAUUUCCCAGAAUCCCUUACCUGCCACUUCCUACUGCUGCUGCCCAUCUACCCCUCCAAGGAGAUGCUGCUGGCCAGGCUCAAAGAGGCAGUGGCCCACAACAGAGGCUUCUGGAAGGAGUAAUGGACACUAUAUAUAGGCUACUGCUGUGUUCAUCAUUUCAUUCAAUGUUUUUCUUACAUGUCAAUAUAUCUAUUCAGUUUAGCCUAGGAUUUUGGUUGUAGCCGCCUUCUAGGUUCAGAUUUGCCACUUUUUUUCCAACUUUUACAUUUUACCUUUGUCCUUGGCUUUUCUAUUGAAAAUGUGAAAAUUGCAAUUUUAGGAUAUGUAGGCCUACCCUAUUAUAGAAAAAAACAUUCAUUGAGUUAAUGUCUACUAAUUCUGAGUGUGAUAUAUAAAAAUAACUUUCUUAUUCAGUAAUAUACAUUCAGUAAUAUACAUUCAAGAGCCUACUUAUUUAUGCAUGUUUUCUUUAUUGAUAUAGU